AUGAUCUGGAUGGUGCACCGUGCACACCUCGAUGAUCCCACUUUGACCGAUUUCGAUUUCAGCAACCUUCACAUGCCCCGCGGAGACCUUGAGGAGCGGAUAGCGCCAAAGCUGGCGAAGGCGAUGGCAUGGAACACCAACAUUCAGACCUUGUCGCUGGUGAACUCCAACUUGCAGAAGGCUGAAGGUGUCGUGCUCGCACAGUCUUUGAAAACGAACAAGACGCUGCUGCACCUCAACCUCGAGAAUAACUGCUUGGAUUCAGCCUCCGUCAAAGACUUGGCCACCAAUCUUAUGGAAAAUCCGAGCAGUAAAAUCGAGACCUUGCGCGUGGCGCAGCAGAAGCAGGUGGGCAACUCCUUUGGCAGGCCAGUGGAAGAGGCGUUUGGCCACUUGCUGGAGAAGAACGAAGCCAUCCUCAGGCUGGGCUUUUUUUGCAGCGAUGCGCACUGGCGCAACCUGAUCGAUCGGGCCGUGCUGCGCAAUAACGACUUUGCCAGGAGGCGGAGGAAGCGGAACAUGGGCGAGGAGGAGGAGGAGGUGCCUGCAGAAGAGAAGCCUCUCAGUCGACUUCUGCUGAAGACACCGCCUGCAAAGCCAGCCAGCGAGCUGCUUCCGGAG